AUGGAGAACGACAGUAGUAGCAAAGCGCAAGAAGCCGCUCGAGACCAGCAGACAUACGAGGCUCCACCUCCAGCGUACGAAGAAGUGAGCAAAGACGGAUACCAAAUCAUCAUGACAGGAAACGCAAGCGAGAAAGCGCAGACACGACCACCGCAGCCCAAUAUCGCCGAGGACGUCCCUCUCCUUCCAACACGAGCAACGUCAGUCCAAACGACAACAGACUCUGGAUUGCCGCUGACUUUCACGUUCACCUGGCGUCGCCCUUGGACAGACUACCCGGCCCUGCUCAUGACACCUUGCACUCCUCUCCAGGCUGCGGACUCUUUCAUCCAACCAACCUCUGAAUGGCGUCUGAACUAUGAAAAGAAAUACUUCGCUCGUUUGCACCGAUACGGAGCCGACAAAGACAAAGGAGACUUCCCCAUGCGCCAGGUCGCAGAAGUGAAAUAUCCCGAAUUCAAACUGGGCGGUGGGCCGGUCAUCACGUUCGAGCCUCACGAAGAGGAAAUAGCUAGGAGAGGAGCGAGACAUGUCAGCAGAACCGAUCGAUUGAUGCUCUGCACCGGUUGGUUUUCGAGCAGGUUUGGGAUUGAUCUGCCCGUCAGCAACGGAGCGAGAUGCGAGUGGCGGGCGGUGAGGGCAGAAGGAAAGGAAAACGACUUAGAGGCCCAGGAAGGCGUUACUGUCAAUCCCGCGGCCGUCAAAACACCAGGAAGCACUAUCAUCGAAAGGCGACCCGCAAAAGCACAAACGCCGAUGGAGACGUUUGAACAAGCCAGGAAGUUCGUACAGGACAAUUCGUGGACCCCUUAUCCAACCCAAGAGUUGGUCGAAGAGGUUUUCGGUACGGUAAGGGCAAGAUACACUCGCGCAGCGCCUUGGGCGACACGGGAUGGGACGCUUGAGAUCCUGCAGCCAGAAGGAACGCAGAUCACGCCGGGGUAUAUUGAGGGCAUCGUCAUUGUCGCGGCUGCUAUGGUCGGCAUGCAGGAUCGAAUGGGACUGGCGUCUGCGUUGGUCGAGGCGGGGGCUGAGUCAAUCAUGGCGAACAAUGCUAGGAAAAAGCGCGAGUCCUGCACCGGCGAUAGAGAGGAAGAAGGACGCCUACCUUUGGAGCCGGUUCAAACGCAGGAUACAACUGCGAGGGAGAAGAUACAGCCUCAGAAAAUAUAA